AUGCCUGCCGGAUUCCCCGCCUACCCAGCUUCGCGUUUUCCAAACGAAAAGCCCCCAACGCUCUUCCAUCCCUCCUCUCCCAAAUCCCCAAAAGCAACACCCGUCUCCUACUCCACCUCUAGAUCCUAUACUGCUACAUCUUCCUCCUCUCCAAAAGAUUCAAUGGAUACCACUACCACAUACACUCCCGCAAACGAUACCUCUUCACUCUACAGCACCACUUCCACCAUUUCUUUUUUGAAGCAUCCGCUUAGUACACUCAAAGCGAAGUUCUCGCAUAAGGAGCAUUCGAAGAGGGAAGCAGCCAAGUCGAACGAGAAAACCUUGAUCGAUCCCUCGACGCCAAGUGAGAAGACACCGAGACAAUCACUCACGGAGACAUACAUGAUCAUGGCUAUGAAGUAA